AGCGGGAGGGGCAGUGCGCGCUCCUGACAGUGGCCUCUGUUCCCCCUCCCCUCCCUGCACACACACACCCCCUUCCCUUGGUUCCAGUCUGUUUUUCAGGAAGAUGUCGGACGCGGCGGUAGCUGACACUCGGCGUCUUAACUCGAAGCCACAGGACCUGACUGAUGCUUAUGGGCCGCCAAGUAACUUCCUAGAGAUCGACAUCUUUAAUCCACAGACUGUGGGCGUGGGCCGCGCGCGCUUUACCACCUAUGAGGUUCGAAUGCGGACAAAUCUACCUAUCUUCAAGCUGAAAGAGUCCUGUGUGCGGCGGCGCUACAGUGAUUUUGAAUGGCUAAAAAAUGAGCUGGAACGAGAUAGUAAGAUUGUAGUACCACCACUGCCUGGGAAAGCCUUGAAACGGCAGCUUCCUUUCCGAGGAGACGAAGGGAUCUUUGAGGAGUCCUUCAUUGAAGAAAGGAGGCAGGGCCUUGAACAGUUUAUUAACAAGAUUGCUGGGCACCCACUGGCUCAGAAUGAACGCUGCCUACACAUGUUCCUGCAGGAGGAGGCAAUCGACAGGAAUUAUGUCCCUGGGAAGGUGCGCCAGUAGGAGCCCCUCUCACCACUUGGCCUCUACCUUCCUGCUGCAAUGACAUUGGUUUUUACACUAAUCCCCUCUUUCUCUCUCUUUGAUCUGAAGUUGACUGUCCAUCCCCUGGCCUGCUAGACUAUCUAUCAUUGUGCUCCUUGGUACCUGAUUACACCAUGGGCACUCUGCUAGGAUCUGCUUCUCUGAGGAGGGGUGGGAAACCACAGGCAGAUGCCCUUUGCUUGAGGUUGGGUGGGGUGGGGAGUAUUGGGAUGGAAGGCAAUUUCUUAGAAGGUUAACAUUGGUAUUGGGAGGUGGGAGGGUUGUGCUGGUGAGGCACUUGUGUACACACUGAUGCUGCAAGUCUAUUAAAUUUUUCUUACUCUUAUGUUUAAUUAAGAACAUUGAGCAGAGGAAAAUCUGUGCUUUUCCUACCUGCAUGUACCUUUUCCUUUUUGGGAAAGUGGCAGAAACUUAAAAACUUUCCUUAUUUUCUCUAGAUCCACUCCCAGAUUUCUUUUUUCCAAAAUGUUAACAUUGGCUAUUUUAUGUUCCUUAUUUUUUGUUUCUAUUUCCAGUUAGAAAUAAUUCCUCACCUCAAAAGAAAUUCCAAAUCUUUUGCUGUUGAGUAGAUUGCGACUCAUAGCAACCCUAUAGGACACAGUAGAACUGCCCCGUAGGGUUUUCAAGGCUGUAAAUUUUUUUAUGUCCUUGUUGUAUAUAGUAUCUAUCACACUUGCCAAUUCAAAUCCUGUUUCCUUAACAGGUUCUUUUGUUGCUCUCUCUUCCUUAUUGCAUUUCAUGACAGGAAUCCCCCUAGAAUCCAAGUGGUCUGUUGUGUGGAGCAAGGCUUGUGGGAUUUCUGGACUCAUCAUGACUAUUUCAGGGUCAGAAGAAAGCCAUUGGAUAGUAGGGGAGCUAGCACCUCUCCCUUUGUGGUCCCCCGCUCUGACUGCUUAUUCCUCACCAACAGCAGAAUCAGCAGUUCUCUCAUCCCAAACUUUUGCUACUUUACGGAAUAGCUUUGAAGGUUUGGUGGCUUGAGGGGCAGUAGUAAUUUACCACUGCCAGAUAACUUCCUGAAGGUAGUUCCCAGUGGCAGAGAAGGGCAGCCUUCCAUUCUCCUUCCUGCUUCCCCAUCCCAUUUAAUGCUGUCACAGGGCAGAAGCACAUGAACAAACCACCGUGUCUGACUUCUCCUAAGCACAUUAAGCUGCUGAAUGGCGCUCAGGGGCAAGAGUUGGCACUCUCUUCCCCAGCCUGCACUUACUUCCUAUGGAGCUCUGUAGCAUUCUCCCAAAAAGGUAAGCUAGGGAUUGCAGCUGAGUAAGGAUUUCCUACAUCUUAGGGUCUGAACUACUUUUUGAAGCUGGAAACUUUCCUGGGCUUCUGUUUAGGAAGUAGUGGGUUUGUUUUCUGGGACCUGAUCAUCAUCCCAAAUAGUGAGAUUUGGAACAAGUUAAUUCUGGUAUGAGGUCAAAGGUAUGAGCUCUUUGCUUAGACUCCUUGUCAUGAAAGGAUUGGAAUCUUGUAUAAAGUCAUCCUUAGAUAUCUGAGGGGAGUAGUUCUAGCUUCCACCUCCCCCAGAUGUCAAAAUCUGUGGAUACUGAGUCCCUUAUAUAAAAUGGUGUACUAUUUACAUAUAACCAAUGACUAUCCCUCCAUAUACUAUAAAUCACAGCAAGAUUACUUAUAAUAGUUAAUACAAUGUAAAUGCUAUGUAAAUAGCACUUUAUGCUUCCCUCCUAGCCUUUGAGGGAGUGCUUUGACUACUUCAUUGCUCACCCUUCCCCCGAAUAUGACCUGCGUUGAUGGAACGUGCAGAUGCCGAGGGCCAACUUUACAAGGCCUUGGGGGAAAAAUGAGGAUUCUGAUAUGACCUUGAUCAGAAGUAUUAGUAUUGCAUUUCAACAUGGGUUUUGGAGCCCAUUUAGAUUUUGCAAUUCCUGAGACAGUUCAGCCUUGCAGCUGCUGAACCUGUGGGGGGGCUGAGCACCCUGAGAGAAGAAGCUCUGCUCCCUUUCCCACCUUGCCCCUCUUGGUGUUGUUGCUGCCUUUUUGGUUUGUAUCCUCUCUUACAGAUUUUUUUCAAAAAUUCCUUCUUUCAUUGUGCAUAGGUGCUGAAAGUCUGAGACCCCAUUUCUGAUGUGUAUAUAUCCUGACUGGGCUUUUUUCCCCCCCCAGCAAACUGUUCAUUCUUUUGUCAGACAAUGUCAUAUUUAACUUUUGUUCAUAUUAAACCACUAUGAAGCAAA